UAUUCACCACCUCAGUUUUAUGUCCCGGGUUAAAGCCGUCUGAUCUCAUUCCCACUGCUUCGUGUGAACAUGUGCUCUCUGGGCUUUGCCAGAUCCCUGGGUUUUGCGCUCAUACCGCUCGCCACCUGCUGCAUUGUGGCAAAUGUCCUGCUCUUCAUCCCUGAUGGACAGGUGACCUACGUUCAGGACAAUCAUUUGACCACGUAUGUCUGGUACUUCAUGGGAAUCGGAGGAGGUGGUGUGGCUAUGCUGAUUCCAGUCACUGUGUUUCUGGGAAUGGGGAAAUGUGUGGAUUCCUGUGGGACAGAGAGCUGUGCGAUGUGUGGUUCAGUGAUAGCUGCUCUGGUAGGAAUUGCCGGCUCUGGAUACUGUUUCCUGAUCUCUGUGGUGGCGCUCUUGAAGGGGCCAUACUGCUUUACCACGCUGGGAUGGAUGUCUCCUUUUGAGAACGAUGGGGCACAGUAUCUGUUCGCUCAUGAGCGGUGGUCUGACUGCAUUCAGCCGAAACACAUCGUGGAGUGGAACGUGACCCUGCUGUCCAUACUGCUGGGUCUGAGCACACUCGAGUUCAUCAUCUGUUUCCUGCAGUUUAUCAGUGGACUGGUGAGUGCAGUGUGCAGGCCGUGCUGCUACAAACAGGAGUACAGCCUGAAUGCUUGAGGAUCAACCACCAGCAUCAGCCAAUCAGAAACAAGUCUGCCUCCCCGCAUCAGUCCAGAAUCAUAGAGCCAUCCGAGGUGGAGCAGACUUGCCUAAAUAGUGCACAGCUCUGUGGGUCACACUAUAUAACACAUGGAUUCUUUUGAUAUAAGAGAUUGCUAAAUGAACAAAUGUAAACACUUUAUACAGAGAGAUUAAACACAUUUUACUGAAUCUACUGGGACAUUUCCACAUAACUGCAGCUGAGUUUAUAUUAACAGUUUUCUGUGUAGAAAAAUACUGGUAUUGUACACCAACUACGAUAUGCAUUUUGUUCAAAUAUUAAUUAUUUUUGUAUGAGCUCCAUUUUCUUUUGUAUGAGAAGUUGUUUUAUAAAUUAUUUUUUAAUUAUUGAAAGUGAUAAAAAAAUACCCUUGAUCAGUGUUGUUGUAUAUACCUAUAAAAGUUGCAAUAAGCUUUAAAUAUUCUCUUCAAUUAAUAAAUAUGACUUGUUUUAGACUACUUUUUUUUACACCUCAUUAACAUUUUUCAUUAAUUCAUGUUUUUGGUAUUUCAACAUGUGCAGAUUACAUGGAGUACCAGGAAACAGCACUGCUGAAAAUUCAUUUCAAUCCUUGAAAAAUGUUUUCUAAAGCUUUGAUAUCCUGGUACAGCAGUAAUCUGUAGAACAAAGCCGUAUCACACUACAGCACUUUUGCUAAGCGUCUAAACUGAUAUUUGGACUUUAAGAACAUGCACAUUUCUAAUGAGAAAGCCUUAGGCCUAAAAAAAAAAAAAAAGUUCUUAAAGAACAUAAAGUACAGUGAGUAAAUAAUAAAGUACAUAAAGUUUGUAAAUACAUAUGCUUCUUGCUACUGAUGGUUGUAGUAUGCUGUUGGUUACCACAGAAGAUAAUUUUGACUUGUGCCUCAAAACAUUUGUGUAUAGAAAUGUGCUUACAAUGGAAGUCUAUUAGGCAACCAUUGUAAACUUGGCACAUAGACUUCCAAUAUAAGUGCAUAAUAAUGUAUAACUAUAAUUCUGUGUUUUAAACAAAACUUUAACUUUUAUUUAACCUGCAAAUUUCCUUUAAAACAAUAAUAUACAGUAUAUUUGCUUUAUUAUUUGACAUGAAACGAUAUUGCAAGCCAUCUAUCACAAGCCAUUUCAACAUUUAAUCACGUGCAGGAUCAAUUAAAUUUUCACAUAAAUGCCAAUCUGUCAUAUCAGAAAUGGAAUUACAAGUAUCGAAAGUAAACAUUUUUGAUAUCAGUAAUUACGAUUGCAUUAGUAAAACGUUAAUUCUUGAUAGAAAAAUUAUGUCAUUACAUUCUUCAAAUAAACAAUUUAUUUAAACUAGAAAAUAAAAUCUACAUUUUCACUUGUAAAAUUUCACAAUGAUCUGUCAUUCACUCCUGUCCAAAACAUACAUAAAUCAUUAACAAACAUUAUAUAAUGGUGAAUAGAUCAUUAGUUAAUGUUUAUUCAAAAAUAUGAGAUGCACUUGAUAAUGUUUACUAAUGAAUGUAACUAACAUUAACUAAUGACCUAUUAAGUAUUAUGUAAUGUAAAUUCAAAUACUUACAAAUGUUAUGAAGCUUUCAUUCAUAUAUGGCUUUGCACUUUAUAA